UCUGGCGGUUACACUUUCGUCCUCUCCUCAAAUGUGUCCUCCGCGGCUGAUUAUGAGAAGCGCAGUGAUGCAGGUUAUAGAAAGUUAAUGGCAGUGACUCGACGGACAGGUCCGCGGCAAAAGAUAGUAACAGCAGCAGACCCACUGAUUCAGCACUGUGCAUUGGAACAGAAUGUCAUCUCCUUCCCCCCACGACCGCAGCCGCAAAGACGAGGAUGAGGACGACCCUGUUGAUCAGAUGAUUUCCCGCACUGGCUGUGCCGAACUACACUACGCUGUGCAGGAGUGCAUGGCUGAGCACCAGGACUGGCGUGUGUGCCAAAGCCAGGUCCAGACCUUCAAAGACUGCAUGAUGAAUUUCCAGAUCGCCCGCAAAGAACAGUUGAUGAAGCAGAUGAAGCCAAGCUCCAAGGAGUCUGCCCCCAGCUGAACUCACAACACCCCGAACACACGAACACACACACACUGGUUGAGGUGUGUUGAAGAGGAUAGAUUGUACCACAUUUCAAUGAAAAUAAAUAAUGAGCAGCUACAAAAAACCCUGACUUGUAACCAAUCAGUCAAAGAUCUAUAUGUUGUAUAUGUUCGAUUGUUUUUCAGCCCAGACAUACAACAUAGAAAAUAUACUGGGGAGCCCCAAAUGUAUAUUUCUCAGAAUAAUUUGAGUUUAUGUCUUAGUUAUGUAAAAUAAUAGCACAAGAGAAAUUUAGGAUAUUAGUAAGAUUAUAAACAAACUGAAUAAAUAAAAAAAAAACAGUUGAUAAAAACUGAUUAACCUGGCACUGUACCUCAACAAAAUAUCAAAAGACAAUCAGGAAAAAAUGGCUUAUUUUAGGUGCAUUUCAGAAAAUAUACAUGAGCAUAUAGGCUAAAUUACACUAAUUCUAAAUGAUGGUAGUUAAUUAGAUUACAACAGAAUCUAUGAACUAUUUUAGAUUUUGAAAUAAAAAUUUUCAUUGAAAUAUA